GUUCCAGGCUUGUGCUUCUUAUACCGCUGAUACAUAUUAUUGCGGGGUCUUGACAGGAUACACAUCAAAUGCAAUUGUCAGUUUUCUUCAUCAAUGUUCAUCCCCAAAUUAAUGGUGCAGCAAACUCCAGGGUACCAUUGCCUAUUGAACCUGCAGCAGAAGAGCCCAUAUUUGUCAAUGCAAAGCAAUACCGUGCUAUCCUGAGGAGGCGUCAAAUGCGUGCAAAAUUGGAGGCUCAGAAUAAACUAGUGAAAGGCCGGAAGCUGUAUCUUCAUGAAUCUCGGCAUCGUCAUGCAAUGAAGCGAGUUCGUGGACCAGGAGGUCCUUUCCUUAACAGAAAGGAGCUCCAGGAGCAGCAGGGCCAGGAGGCUCUGCCUUCACUUCAGACUCCAACAGGUGGGGUGGGCAAGAUGGCCCUCUGCAGGAAUUUAUGCCCUGAAAACAGCGCAUCUCACUCGCCUUCAACAAGCUCUGGUACCUCAAGUGUUUCAAAUGGGGGCGGCAUGGUAACUCAUCAAGAGCACAUCAGCUUCUCAUCUUCUGAUUUCCUCCCCAGCAUGAACUUUCACGCAGAGAACGGCAAUGAAAAGAUAGCUGUAAAUGGUGUCCGCCACUGCACCCCGUCGUGAGGUGAACUGCCUCAGGUUGUUGCGGUGGCGUUACCAUCACUACUGGCGCACUCCUGUGUGCCCGUGGCAAUUCAUCCUUGGCUUAUGAAGUUUGUAACAAUAGUUUGCUUUCAGUUUUCAUAUGGAGUAGAGCUUGUCUCAGAUGAACUCGUUUAUAUCCGUUGCGACUAAAAUGACUGAGGUUCCACUUGUUGAUAUAUUGUGGAUGCAGAUGUAAUCUUGUGUUUCUUGGUGGACCAAGUAAUGUUUACCAUGGUUUGUUUGGAAGAA